GAGAUUCAGAAGCAUGACAAUAGCGAGUUGCUUAUUUCUUAGCAAACCUGCCUUUUAAAUUGUAACUUGCGAAAUUACAUUACAGGCCUACACAAUAUGAUUGUGGGUCGACAGCGAACUUAUUUUAGCUUGCAGCAUCGUUUAAUAUAUAUAAUUUUUGUCAAGACAGGAAGACAAAUGUAACUAGCUGAAAGUAAAAUUGGUUGGCGCGACGACACUUCAAACCACAGUAGCAGUCGGCGGUGACAAAAAACAAUGCGUUUAUGGAACGCAAACAAAAAAAAGGAAGUGAUCACAGCAUGGUUUUAAUUUCCUGUUCUUAAAUAUUCGCACUGUAUUUUUAUUGCCAUAAACGUAUACGGCAAUUUAUAGUUUUUACUGAAAUGACGUAGUUACCCAUUUGCUACUCGGCUUGCUGAACAUAGCAAGCUCAUUUUCUGUCAUGUUUUGGGACUUUUAUCGACACUUCUGGACGGCUCAUAUUUUAAGCGAGCUAUACUAGCAAGCGGGUAGCAUGGACAGCUCCGUGACCCUGUGGCAGUUCCUUCUCCAGCUCCUAUUGGACCCCACCAAUGAUCAGCUGAUCUGCUGGACCAAUGAGGAGGGCGAGUUCAAGCUGCUGCAGGCAGAGGAGGUGGCCAAGCUGUGGGGCACCCGGAAGAACAAACCCAGUAUGAACUACGACAAGCUCAGCAGAGCCCUAAGAUACUACUACGACAAGAACAUCAUUAAAAAGGUGAACGGGCAGAAGUUUGUGUACCGUUUCGUCUCCUACCCAGACAUCCUAAAAGGGGAUGCCUCUGCUCGGCCGGAAGGGGAGGGGGGUGCAGGGGGUAGCCUGCCCCUGUCCGAGAGGGGCGACAACAACUCUCGAGAUGGUGAAGGUGGGGACAGGGGUGGAGGUAUGACAGCGACACAGGGGUCCAGUACUAAGCCAUCCAACCGUAAUGACUACAUCCACUCUGGCCUGUACACCUCCUUCACCCUCACCUCGCUGCAAAAUGGACGCCAGCUCUUCAAGUCCAUUAAGAUGGAGAACCCUGCAGACAAGAUGGCCGACAGGAAGUCCAAUACCCAGGCUCAAGACCCGCCCUCUCAGCAGCCAAUGCUGUCGCCGUCAGUUAUCAAGUUCGGGACCACCCCUCCCAAGAGAAGCCCUCCGAUUACAAUAGAAACACCUAAUCCGCCAUUGUGCCCUCCCAUGGGCGAUGUCGUGAUGACACACUCUGUCCUCCUGCCUCAGGCUGUGUGUGCGUUUGAGCAAGCCAAGCCCAUGGAAUCCUCGAGUCUUCGAAUCCUGAAUAGUUUCAGCCUAUCAGAGUUGCCCAUUCGGAGCCCCUCCCCCAUCACGGUGCCUGACUCCACCCAGGAGCUGGUGAUUGACAGCGACAUCGAGUCCAUCUCCUCCCAGCCCACAGAGACGCAGAUACAGGGGGUGCAGAGUUUUGGCCAAGUGUCAGGUGGUGAGGUGUGUGUAGAGAACAGGGACAAGGGGGGGAAUAGGGAGAUGAGUUUAUCUCCGUUGUGUGUGAGUGGCCAUAUCACAGGGGGCAAGGCCCGCAAGCCUCCUAAAGUCCUGGAGCUGUCCACUCCUACACUGGUGGUCACCACCUCUGACCUCUCACCUAUGAACCUCUACAGCCCCUCCCUUCCCACCGCCUCUCUCACACCUGCAUUGCUACAGACACCCACUCUGUUGCUGACCCCCAGUCCCCUUUUGUCUAACAUCCACUUCUGGAGCACGCUCAGCCCGGUGGCUCCCCUCAGCCCUGCCACCCGGCGCCAGCAGGGCGCACACACCCUGUUCCAGUUCCCCUCGGUGCUCACCCCUCAUUUCCAUAUCCCCACACACAGCCUGGAUGGGACCAACACCCCUGGACCCCUCACCCCAGACCCUCAUAAGACAUAAGAGACCUUAUCCUUGGAACCUGUGGAGCACCCAGACACUGAGGCCCUACUUCAGCUCCCCCACACACCCCAAACAGACACAAGACGCGGUGGUUCACAACUCCCCUAAAGAGGGCUUAGCCAGACUUUUUAGGAAUUGCCAUAGUAACAGGUGCUGCAAAGUUCACGGAUUGGAUGCUGAGCAGUCACAAAUGUGCAUCUGUACCUGGAACAGGCAAUUGUGUCUCCGUUCUUUAGACCAAUGGUAUUACAGAUUUUUUUUAUUUUUAUGUGAACCUUAUUCUGUUUGAUGCUGUGUUGUCAAUUCCAACUUAGUUUUUAGAUGUUUUCAUGGGUAAUGUUCCUGCUAUUUGUUGUAUGUUUUAAACCAGGGGUCUCCAACAGGUCAAUCACGAGAUACCAGUAACUCGCAGACCACCUAUGAGUAGCUCGCCAAACAAUUCUGAAAGUACAUGCAAUUUUCACGUGUUUCACUGCAAACUGUCAUAAACAAAUCUCACAAGUAUUGGACACUGCAAGCUCCCAGCUACUAUCUAACCAACGCAACAUUGACAUUAUCCCACCCCUGGUUAGCCACUAUUGGCUUAAAAAGCCAAACCUAACACAAUAUCUGCCAAUGAAUUUCCAGCAAUAUUGCCCCUUUCUGUCUGUGUAGUGCGGGCGUUUGUCUUACUCUGUGUGUAGCCACUAGUGACGGGUCAUUCGCGAACCCAUCACUUCAUUUGGCUCCCUGAUUUGCAUACUUUUACUAUUGCUUUUGAGUUCCAGACAUCGAUUAUCUGAAGAUAAAUUAUAAAAACAUUCUAUGAAGAUGGUAAUUCCUCAGUGCAGGAACAAUAUAAGUGCGGAGAGAGCGUCAUUAAGGCCAUCUAAUAAUUUUGUCACAAUCUGACAUAAUGAUAGGCAACGUUUUAGGAUUUAAAUUAGUGAUUGACUUUUCUUUCAUGGUUUUAAGUCAAUUUCUAAGCAUUACAGAGCAAAGAGCCGUUUGGGAGCCAAAUUAACGGCUAUUUCAGGGGAACGGCGCCAAAUGAUCUGGCUCACAGAAAAGACUCGGAAUGACUAGUAGGCAGUUCAUGUGAUAACCGUCUUGUGGGUUGACAGAAAUACUUUCCCCAAAACCUUCUCAAUUAAAUGCUAACUGCAAAAUGGGCUUACCUGGCAGGAGUAUAUCAUAAAUAAGUAAGUAAUUUGUAGCGAUUAUUUAUUAUUUGCAAACUGCGUGAAAUGAGCAGCAGCACUACAGAACCAUCGCUAGACCGGUACAUUAGACGGCACACUAGAUGCGCAAUUAAAUAUUAAAAAAGAGGAAUUUCACUCAAAUCUAAAUGUUUGUUCUUUUUAAGCAUUGACAUUGAUUCAGAACAUCCAGUUUGGUUGUUUCUCUGUGAACAAUAGUAAUUUUUGAGAGUGACAAACUAAAAAAUCUAAAACCAGGAAAAAUAAAACGGAGAAAACAGAAUUUGGGAAAAUAUUAAACCAAAUUUGGGGAUUUUUAUUUUAUUUUUAUAGGGCCCUCCUUAGUUUUUAUUAACCAUUAUUUUACCAGGUAUAUUGACAGAAAACAGUGCACUACUUUCUCUUGUACACUAAGUAUCUGUAGAGGAGAGAAGAAUAAUGUAUAUAUUUGAAAGCUAGAAAAUAAUUUGUAGCUCGUGACAUGUUUCAUUUGUUAAACGUUGGAGACCACCUCAGAUGGGAAAUGCUUCAACUGGCUUCUCUGCUUGCCAACACCAACUCUACCCUGACCAUAACCCUCAUCUGAAACUUUACCCUCACAUCAAUCCCAAACCUCAAUCCCCUCUUCUACAUGCUAUUAUAUAUGAAGCAGUGUGAGGUCUGUCAGAAACAUGCCCCUGCUCUCGGAAGUGUGUAACUGUUGCCAUAACAGAUGAAGUCCUUACUGUAACGCCCUCACUUAGACUAGUAGGGAGGCCACAUCAGAACAAAACCAAAACACCUCGCACCCACCAUUUAUACCAGAGACAAAUGGGCAUAUGUGUUGGUAAUGCUUGAAUUUGUGUGAAAAAGCCCCUAUACCUCGGUACAUUUAUGAGAAGCCAUAACCAUUACCUUUGUCCCAACCUUAAACCUAGCCUUAACCAUAUUCCUAACCUACAAAGGAAAUCUAAACCAACCUGUGGCCUCAGGUAGUACAAUGGACCAUUAUUAUCACCUCCUUUGACAAAUAGCCACUAACCUUGUGGAGAUUGAGCAAAUAAUGAUCCUCACCCUAAACUAACCCUAAGGCUAUGCACUUCUGUUAAUAUAAAGCCAUAAGAAAAACAUUAAAUGUGUGAAGCAAAAUCACAUCUUGAUUCCGAAUAUAGAAUUGAUAAGUGAGGAGUACUUUCGCUGGCGCUAGUGUUGGAUGGCAUAUUGUCACUCUAACCUGCAGCAUUGCUCCAUAAGACUUAGCCAUUCUAAUGUGGUGCCUUAACCCCCAAGCCCAAGCCAAACAUGAAGAGGAGGAACAACCAUCCCUCCUCUCCACCCUAUCCUACUCCCUCUGCCCUGGUCUUCGGUGCCUAUACGCUCUCCCUGGGAGCAAACCUCAGCUUCUACAGAGCACUAACAGUAUUUGGUUUAUAACGUGAAUUGAUAAAGUAAUAGACUACAUAAUGUAAGUAUUAUAGAUUUCUACCGGUCCUUUACUCGUCUGUAAAGUCGGCUCUUUUCGGCUGUUUCCUCUCCCAGGUGUGGGUAAAAUGACCCUUGUGUGUAAAACGACCCUUGCCAUGACAUGGCCAGUGAAUAGCCUGGGUGGUGCCAGUCUGUUUCUGUGUUGCAAACAUGUCACCCUGUCAAGACUGUUUAGAAAGGGCAAUGAUGUGGCACGGUUGAAGGCAGAAGCAGGCUACUGUCAGACACAGGGUGUUCACAAAGCCUGUCACAAUAGCGUUUUUUUUCACGUAUUCUCAUGACGUUGUAAUGUGACAUAACAUUUACAUUUUGGUUUGUAUGAUCCAUGUUUUAGAACAGGUUUGCAUAGGUAUUAUGAUUUGAAUGACAGUCAUUUUAAGUAUGGAAUAUCGUCACCCACAUUUGCAAGUCCUGUGAAUGAGGAACAUGAGCUUUUAAUGUACCACAAAUAAUUUCUAGGGAGAUUCUGCUAAACUCGAUUUUGCACGAGCUAAAACAUGUACAGUACACAUGUAUAUGAUUUAUCAGUACACCUUCAAACCUGUCUUAAUCCCUCUCUUCUUUCCCUCUCUUUGUGUCUGUUAUCUGCUUAUGAGGUGUCAGAUACAAUCAUAUGACAGAGAAAAUAGUGAUGUGAACUUCAGCUGACAUGUAUUUUCAAUGAAUUCCGUUUACCCCUCCCCUAUCACCCUAACAAUCUGAAUUGUAAUCUGUGGUUUUGUUACAUGACCAGAUGCGAGGCUCCAUGCUGUUCUAUAGUCUGUUUUUUAAUGGUGAUGUCUUUGGUUUUUACACGGUUUUCUAUACUCAUUGUUGGACUAAUGGCAUUGACUAUUUGAGCAUCGAAGCCUUAAGGAGUGAAACUUAAAUCCAUGUCUUUAAGUAUUUUGAUAUUGUUAAUAUUGUCUGUGUAGGUGUGUGUCUUAAUGUUGGCAUUUAGAACAAUGGGGUGCCUGUAUGAGA